AUGGCACUCAGAAGAACGACUGCUCAAAAUAUUUCACAUUCUGCGGAUUCAAGUUCCUCCAACCCAGCCUCUCAAUCAAAAACCUACGGCUCGGAACAAGACAUCAUCUUGGCCACUCCACAUGAAGGAAGCAGCGCCGGAGAUCUAUGCUCCCAAGAGGAGGAGCGACUAUAUAAUCAUAUCCAAGAGGUGCUGCAGAAUGAAACGGCGAAACGAGACUCAUUAGUAGCGCAAGUGGAUGCAUUGAGGCGCGAAGUCUGGUCUCUCCAAAACGAACUCCUCAAUCAUGCUCGGUGCAACGAUCACUCGGUGGACAAAUGGAUCACUGAAAAUACGCACGGGGCCAGCAAAGACCCGCCGGAUGAGUCCCAGUGUCCAUCUCCCUCAUCAUCAGUCAGUACAAGGUCAGAGGAGUCAAUAAUCGACCCGGGAAAGGGCUCGAAUACACCAUUGGAUGAAGCGGCCAUACGACAACUCUACGUGGAUUAA